AUGGCGUUGCCGGUGCUGUCGAGCUCGGGGGUGAAGUUCCGGCGGGUCCUGGCGCACUUCCCUCAGGAGCUCAGCCUGGCCUUCGCCUACGGGUCCGGAGUCUUCCGGCAGGCGGGGGCCUCGGCCGGGUACGGCGAGAACAAUAUGCUGGACUUCGUGUUUGCUGUUGAUGAUUCUGUGACCUGGCAUAUGAUGAACUUGUUAAAGAACAGGAGUCAUUAUUCCUUCCUAAAAGUUUUUGGGCCGAAACAGAUAAGUAGUAUACAGAGCUAUGGAGCAGGGAUUUACUACAAUACUUUAGUGCCAUGUAAUGGUAGGAUCAUAAAAUAUGGUGUAAUUAGCACUGAUACCCUGAUCGAUGAUUUACUUCACUGGAAAACCCUCUAUGUUGCUGGACGCCUACAGAAACCGGUGAAAAUACUGACACAGAAUGAGAAUAGCAAGCUGCAAGCUGCUCUUGUUAGCAAUCUGAAGAGUGCAGUCACAGCAGCCUUUCUCAUGUUACCAGAAAGUUUCUCUGAAGAAGACCUCUAUAUGCAGAUUGCAGGACUCUCCUAUUCUGGUGAUUUCAGAAUGGUAAUAGGAGAAGACAGAUGGAAAGUGCAGAACAUAGUGAAACCUAAUGUUCCCCAUUUUCAGAAGCUGUACAGUAACAUAUUACAGGACUGCCCUCAAGUGGUAUAUAAGCACCAUCUGGGAAGGCUAGAGAUUGAUAAAAGUCCAGAAGGUCAAUUUACACAACUAAUGGCUUUGCCAAGGACUCUGCAACAAAAGAUAACUUCUCUGGUAGACCCUCCUGGAAAAAACAGAGACGUGGAAGAAAUUUUACUGCAAGUUGCCCGUGACCCUGACUGCGGAUUUGUGGUGCAUCAAGGCAUUUCAGGAAUUGUGAGAUCUUCCAGUAUAGUGCAGAGUGCUAAAACCAUACUAACAGCUGGGGCAAAGAAAUCUGUAACUUACAGUAUGAAGAAAUUAUACAAAAUGACAAAGGGAUGGUUAAGGAAGACAUCUUGAGUCUUGACAUACUGUGUAUGGGUAAAUAAAUGAUGUGUGACACUGAAUCCAAAAACUUCGACAAUGACUUUCAGUGUGGGAAAGAGUAUUUGAAAUGAGAAGCUUGUCAGGUAUCGCAUCCUUUCAUAAAAAUUGUAUGUUCCUUUCAUGAGACUGAGAUGACAACUGCCCAACUCAUGGCUAAGCAUUGUCAGAAGUGUCAUAGUUGGAAGGAAAGUCAUACUUUCGUUGACCUUCAGGACCUACUUGUGCAGAUUUAUGAAAUGUGUGUUGUUUGGCAGAAGAUUCUAUCUAAGUGCUUAAAGUUGGGAAUUUUAUGAACAAAAGUACCUAUCGUUUGAUUCUUUAUUAUUUUUUUCCUGAAAAUACACCUCACAAAGAUAAAACUUGUUUUCCCUUGCUUAAUUCAAUUAGCUAAACUAAAGAAAAUUGGACUUUUACAUAACAUGUUACAUUAAUCGUACCAUUAAAGAAUGGACAUUUCUGGCAGUAUUCAUGUGUGACGCAAUAAAUUUGGAGCAUCUGUUGUAAAUAGAAUAUUUUUCGCACUAAGUCAGGUGGGUUUGCUAAUUUGGGGUGUUUUUCUUAAUAGAAAUAAAUUGAGAGAACACUUCAUUUUACUUGUGAGAGUGUUAAUGAUAAAAAUAAUUUAAAGGUAAUAAAUGGAAA